AUGGUGGCCCAAGGCCCUACAUCUCUCGGCAGUAUCUUCGCCCUCGAUGUCCACCACGAUAUCUUGCUCAAGGUCUACGACAAUCUCCCACCUGCAGACGCGCUAGCCGUUGCACAGGCUUCAAAAUUCUUGUACUACACCUACUCUACAUCCCCCCAUCUCCAGCUCGCCAAUCGGCUAGGCCGCUACUCUUGUCCCGCCUCUGCACCCUUCCUCCACCCCACACAUCCGACGAGCUCUGCCGAAAAGAUCGCUCUUCUGGAGGACCGCGAGCACAGGCUGAAUUGCUUCAGGCCGCGGUCCUUGGACACGCUGGAGAAGGAUGAUGGACAGCUGGUGGACUUUGAAGGAGGGUUGAUGCUGUUUGAGUGCAAGAGAAGCGGUACGAGCAAGCGGAAAAAGAUGUUUGAUCCAAAUUACGUCUCUGGCGAGUCUGAUGAUUCGGAUUUUGAAAGAGGGAGCGAGGGCGAGGAGGAAGGAGAAGCAGGGGAGCUGAGGAUAGAUGGGCCGCCGGAAGAAGAGAGUAUCAGGGACGACGAGUCAGAUUGGGACGACUACACCUCCGACUCCUCAUACGAAUCCCAUCACCACUACUGUACCGACGAGGCGUGCCCUCGCAAGCUGUUUGCUGGCGUCCCCGGUCAGGCUCUUCAAGAAGCUCUCGCCUUCUCCACCGAUGCGCCACACCUUACGGAAAUGACAGAUGGGUGGGAGGUUUAUCGCGUCAAGGGCGCUGCUUCAGACGCAGAUGCGGAGAGCAGAGGGGCAGUGAAGGAUCAGGGGCUGUGGAGGUGGAAGACGGAUCUAGGGACAGACUAUCACUAUAUUGCGAUGUGUGCAGAGGAUAAUGUCGUGGCUGUUGUACAUAAAGGCGCGUAUUUCCCCCAUGGUCCCAACCCCGAGACUUGUGCCCUCUCCAUGCGCGUCUUUUUCUACACCCUCGUCCCUCCCAUUGGCACAGCACCUCCCGAGAACGGCGACUCUAUUCCAGCAAUCCCACAUCCUGAAGCAAAGCUGCCAUUCAUCGAGGUGCUUAUACCAAUGCCGAUGGGGGGUGUAGGGACGGGCUUUGCGUUGGGCGCAGGCGGGCAUAUGAGUUUGUUGUUGAGCAAUCAGGAGCAGGACAAGACGGUGUUUGCGGGAUUCUGGGAUUGGAAGAAGGGUGUUUCGCUAGGGGCUCUUCCGGGCGCUCUAGACCCCACCAGCGUCAUUACAAGCGUCGGCUUCCUGGGGCCUUUUGUCAUUGCGUCCACGUCUAGCAAGAUACCCGCCUUUCUCAGAGCCGACCUUUACGCAUCGGCGCUGGAAAAGCUCGAAAUCCCCGGCCCACACCCCGCCUCGGAAGGCUACUUUUUGCAAUUGUCCUUUACAACCUACACCCUUCUCCCAGCAUCUUUGGGCUUCCCCCCGCACACACCCGAUCCCCCUGACCAGAACCCGUACGCGGCGCCUUACCCCGCCAUGCCGUGUUCGUGGCACAUGGCGGCGAUACCGCACGUCUUUCCCGCAGGCAUCUUUGACCUGCCAUUCCACGACUUGGUGCCGUUCACGCUCGACAAGGUGUACCAGCCUGGGAAUUUCUCGAUUGCCGAGUGUGGGUAUAGCGAGGAUGUGCAUAAUGGGCAGUUGGAGGGGGUUUUGUCUUGGCGAUUGUCGGGCAGGACGAGCGUGGUCAACCUGAAUACCAUCCUCGACGUCUCCACCGCCUUCACCCUCGCCCGCAUGACGGGCAAGCUCCCGAGGAAGCGCAUAUUCCGAAACAGCUUUCCGGCAGUCCCUGACAUCAGGAUUGCGCAGAGCUUGCCCAUAGCAGAUCAAGUCAGACUUGCAGCCCGGUUCAUGGCGCACUUUGAGUACGGAGAUUGGAUUGGCGCGGAUGGAAAGUGGGUGAAGAGGGAUGUAGGUCGGAAAGCGGUGGCGCCGGCGGUGAACCGAAAGUUGAUGGGUAGCAGGAGAGGGAGAGGGAAAGCGGCUGCUGUAAGGAGAGCCUUAUUUCAGCCCGGAGACUCACCUCUGGGGGCGGCAUGGCUAGAAUACAGAUCCACUCACGGCUACGACACGGACAACUUUGGCAACACGUUUGCGUACCCCGACUCCGUCCCGCGCCACUCUUUCCAGACCCAUCCGAAUACGAGCCACCUGCGUAUGGAGUGUGCGCCCGCUUUCAGCUCGGUGUAUGGCGCGAGGGAGGCGAGGCUGGUGACGACGCUUCUGGGGGACGAGCUGGAUGAGACUGGAAAGGUGGCGCUGGGGGAGAGGUAUGAGAGGAUUUCGUUUGUGUUGAGUUUGAAUGACUAUAAUGGGCGGACGGUGGUGUUUCCUGUGCCGCAUAUUGAGGCAAGGCGGGAAAAGGUUGAGCGAGAGGCGAGGGAGCGGGUGCAGAAACUUUCCGCCAAAGCUCGAGCCAAAGAUCAACAAACCAUCAUCUCCCACACCCACCUCACCACCAGCUCCGACUCUGACAGGGAAAUAUCUGUUCGCCUCCACCGCGACCCGCGCUCCAAGGAACUCGCAGUGUAUGCGAAAGAGUCGUAUAUGUACGAGCGGACGUCGUAUCCGAAUGAGCAGGCGCCGGCGGUGUUGGAGAUUGAUAUGGAUUUGAGGAUGAUGCCGCGGGUGAAAUUUGAUGGGAAUACGGUGCUGCUGAGUGGGUUUACGUCGGGGGCGAUACAUGUGCUUACGUUCUAG